AUAAAGCAGGCAAAUUGUCCUUUUCAAUCAAAUAAAUACAACUGUUGUCUUGGGAACAACUCUGUCGUUGAGUCGUUUUAAGGGACAUAUUUCGACGAUGGACGCUAUAUUGACGCACGCGCAGUGAAUCAUGCUUCCUGUUACUCUCCCUUCCCUUCAAAUCAUGUUUAGUCUUCUACGCCGGAGAUUUUUCCAUUCGUCGAGUCGUCUACCGAAGAAGAAACGCAUCGCGGAGCAGAGGUGGCUCGCCCGGCAGUCAAGCGAUCCUUACGUCAAAGCUUCGCACGCCCUAAACUUUCGUUGCCGGAGCGCCUUCAAGCUGCUGGAAAUCGACGACAAGUUCCGCCUCCUGCAGCCGGGAUGCGGCGUUGUGGACUGCGGUGCGGCGCCCGGAGCCUGGAGCCAGGUGGCCGUGCACCGGGUCAACUCAGCGGGGACCGAGUCAACAUUACGCCGGGGUGCCGUCGUCGGUAUUGACCUGCUAAACAUACCGCCUCUGGACGGCGCCCACUUCCUGUCCAGCCACGAUGUCGCCGACCCCGCCACACACGCCAAGCUGCCCGACCUCCUUCCCGGCGGCCGGGCUCACGUCCUCCUGAGCGACAUGGCGCCCAACGCCAGCGGCUUCCGGGACCUGGACCACGAGAGACUGGUCGGCUUGUGCUCGUCUCUGCUGGACUUGGCCGAGAAGAUUUUGCGCCCCGGAGGGUCUCUCCUGUGCAAAUAUUGGGACGGCGCUCUGGCCUGUCAGCUCCAGGACAAACUCUGUCUCGUGUUUGGGAGCGUUCAGAGUUUAAAGCCGAAUGCGAGCCGGAAAGACUCUGCUGAGAGGUAUUUCCUUGCCAGAAAUUACAGGAAACCUGUCAAGGGAUAGACUUUAUUACCUAUAUUUUAUAUAUAUAUUUUCUUUGUGAGUUUCUGCAUAUAUUUUCUUGUGUGCAACUUAAUGGCUACAACCUGAAUUUUUGUAUCCAUGUGUCCAAAUCUGAGGGAAUUCAAGUGUGCUUGGUUUUUACAAUCACAAACUCCAUGUCAUCCAGAUCUGGUCCAGAUUUGACCAUAAUUGAAGUCUUCCAGCAAAAAUUAAAUUGAACAUGUUUUUGACUUUUUUACUCUGUCUGUCAAAUCACAUCAGAUCAGCUUGUCAUUUGUGGUUUUUUGUAAGGUUUUUUGUUGGUAAACAAGACAAGAUCGACACAGUUUGCAUCCCCGUUAGUAGAACCGUGCAAUUCCUCCUGGUCAAUCAGCAAAUAAUGAGAAAUUAAUCUCUUCUAAUUAAUAUAAAAGAAAAGUGUGUCGUGAGUUUUUUUUUUUUUUGUAAUUCUUAGAAAUAUAAUGACAUAACAUAUUGUGAAAUGGUUACUGAAGUAAAAACUCUUUUGUAAUCAGUGUAUUUUACCCCAUGAAUCAGGUUAAAGCUACUGUCUGUAAGCCAUAUAUACAGUAUAUGCAUUAUAUAUUUAUUACAAUUCAUUUUAUGGGUUAACAUUUUCAUUUCAUUUAGUAUUUUGUUCCCCCCCUGGAGAAGAGUACAAUAGCCCUCUAAGUUAUUGAUAUGGUGCGUUUAUGGCUUGGUAGGGGUCUGAAUUUUGUAAAACAAACAGAGCCUGCUUGAUAGUUCAAUAGCUUGAAACAUUUGAGAGUUUGCCACCUAUUAGAAAAAUAAAUAAAAAUACAGUAAUAAUUAAUGAAAUUUAACAAAAACAAAAAUUUGGGGGGAAAGGCUGAUUUAAACGUUGCUUUUGAGGAACAUGUAGGUGCACUUUGCCACUGUAUUCAGUAGGUGGCACUGUUGAGGCAGCAAUGAGGCUGUGUUCCACCCUGUUGUAGUGCAUCCCUGGAAACCAAACAGUGUUGCACCACUGACUUAGUAAUAUGUAAAGCUUUACAAGAAAUAUAUGCCUGGAGAGCUCCACGGAGCCCUCAGAGUUAGCCCACAGUGUUUGUCCUACACACUCACUUUUGCUGUUUGUGUGCCGACGGGGAGGGUGGAAGGGGAAAGACAUUUACCGGCACCGCUCAUGCUAAUAAUUAGCACCGGCGGCCAUGUAGAAAUAUCCCACUCUGUCAUUGAGAACGAAUGAUGAGGAACCCUCACAUAUUGCAUGACUAAUAGGAAGGAAGGAGCGCAGCGGAGGACCUCGGCACACAGAGAGUGUCGCUGCUCUCAGCCAAAAAGGGAAAAUAUUAGCAGUCCAGCGCACACUUUGCCUUGAGACACUGCACAACUACUUGGAAGUCAUUCUCGUGGAGUCUCUCAUUUUUGGAUUCUUUUUGGAAAACAUAUUUUCCCCAUUGGGGGGAAAAAAAUGCAAAUGAUCUGUUCCAGGGUCAAAACUGUCACAAUUUCAAAUUUCUAUCUGUCAUACAAGUGUAAAAAGAAGUUAACUGAAACAAACAUUACCAGCAAGUAAGGUGACGCUGUACCAAAGUAUUUGGCCGCCAUUGGGGCCAUACUGGGACUGUGUCAUAGAACCGUAAAAAGUCAGCAACCACUGUAAAAUGAAAACCCAUAAAACACAAAUGGUGCAUAAGGUAUUAUAUACCAUAAAUAAUGUGGGUAUGAUGCAGUUAAAGUGUGUGUGUUCCACGUUCCAAAAUAUUGGGAUGCUACUGGAGUCUUAAUUUUGACAGUAUCAUACAAGUUAAGAAGUUCACCACUGAAACAAAUGCAAAUGCUUCCAGGGUUGGUCGCGCGACAUACGGAAUCAUUGCUGGGAAAUUAACGUCACACCUACCUCCACGUGACCAAACGCAGAAGGGAAGCGAAGCGUACACUGGGUAUCUGUGAACCUGGUGUUAGCAGACUCCCUGUGUACGUUACGGUUGCUGACAUGAUAGUUUGAGCCUGAACUCGAUAUAAUGUUGUUCAAACUAUCCUAUCAGCAACCCGAAGCAUAGAAAGAAAGUCUGCGAACGGUAUUGAUGUGUGCCUUUAAGUGGGGCGUGGCCUAGUAUGUGAUGUCAGGAGCUCAGGUUGCCCGUUUUCCAUGCGGUCACAUUACAUUUGCUCCUUGCGAGUGUUUUCAUUUUGGAGUUGUGUGUUUGGUUGCUUGACCCAUUCAAUAAAUGGGUCAAAUUCUG